AUGACUGUUGAAAAUAAAUUUACGAUAGCAUCUGAUGCUGUUGUAUGUAAAGAAGCAGUUCUGGAAGGAGAUAUAACGAUUGGAUCAGGUACUGUUGUUCAUCCGACUGCCGUUAUACGCGCCACAAAUGGGCCUAUUAUUAUCGGAGAAAACAAUAACAUCGAGGAAACCUGCGUUAUUGAAAACUUGAACGAAAAUGGCCAAACACUAUCAAUCGGCCGUGACAAUGUUUUUGAAAUUGGAUCGGUUAUUCACGCUUUAAAGAUUGGCGACAAUAAUGUUUUUGGCGUACGAUGUCAAGUCGGCCUGAACACAACGGUUACGCGAGGCUGCUUCAUUGGCACCAAUUGCACAGCAGUGUUACGAGAAGAGCUGCCAGAAAACACCGUGAUAUAUGGUAAAAAUAAUAACCGGCGAGUAGCACAAGACCCACCACAGCUCCAAACAAGCCAACUGGAAUAUUUGAGGAAGGCCCUCGAAAGAUUCCAUUACCUGAUAAAAUCGUCAUAA